AUGAAACCAGCAAAUCUCUGGUGCCAUCUUGAAACAAAGCAUGCAGAGUACAAAAGUAAGUCAUUAGAUUUUUUCAAAAAUAAAUUAAGAGAGUUGAAAAUAUCUCGUAAAACAAUUACCAAACACUGUGGUGCAAAUAUAAAUGAAAAUGCAACCCUUGCGUCUUACGAGGUGGCUCAGCUUGUUGCUAAAUGUGGGAAAAACCACACAAUUGCUGAGGAACUUAUACUGCCAUCAGCAAUAAUACUUUGCAAGAGAAUGUUAGGUGAUGCAGCUGCUAAGAUAACAGGAACUGUCCCACUCUCAAAUAAUACUGUUCAAAGACAAAUUACUGAAAUGGCAGUUAACGUGGAAGAAACAUUGCUGGCUAGACUUUGUAUGAGUGACAUGUAUGCUCUACAUUUGUAUGAAAGCACAGACAUAUUAAAAAAAAAACAUAAUGUUGGUUUUCGCAUGAUUCUUAUGGGAGGGCCAAGCUUGCCGACGGAUGGGGCAAAGUCAAUGGCUGGCAAAAAAACAGGACUUCUAGCUCAUAUCAAAGCAGUAGCCCCCGAGGUGAAAUGGACUUACUGUUGUAUCCAUCGUGAAGGCUUAGUAGCCAAAAGAUUGUCUGAACCUUUGCAAAAGAUACUUAACGAAGAUCGUACUUGGACACACUCCUGUGAAAGUGCUUUGGAAGGGCUUUUCAAAGCAGUCGUCGCUGAUACUAACUGCACUUUCGGGAGGUCGUUUAUUAACUACUAA